AUGGACACUUCUUCCAAAGAAAAUAUCCAGCUAUUCAGCAAAAAUUCAAUGCAACCUGUUGGGAGGCCUUCCUUGAAAACAGAGUAUCCCUCCUCCGAGGAGAAGCCCUGCUGUGGUGAACUGAAGGUGUUCUUGGGUGCCUUAUCUUUCGUUUACUUUGCCAAAGCCCUGGCAGAAGGCUAUCUGAAGAGCACCACCACUCAGAUAGAGAGAAGGUUUGAUAUCCCCUCUUCACUGGUGGGAGUUAUUGAUGGUAGUUUUGAAAUUGGGAAUCUCUUAGUUAUAACAUUUGUUAGCUACUUUGGAGCCAAACUUCACAGGCCAAAAAUAAUUGGAGCAGGGUGCCUAAUCAUGGGAGUUGGAACGUUGCUCAUUGCAAUGCCUCAAUUCUUCAUGGAGCAGUACAGAUAUGAAAGGUAUUCUCCUUUCUCCAAUUCCACUCUCAGCAUCUCUCCGUGUCUCUUGGAGUCAAACAGUCCAUUACCAAUCUCAGUUAUGGAAAAAUCACAAUCCAAAAUAAAUAAUGAAUGUGAAAUUGAUGCCAGCUCCUCCAGGUGGGUUUACGUCUUCUUGGGGAACCUUCUUCGUGGCAUCGGAGAAACUCCCAUUCAGCCUUUAGGCAUCGCCUACCUUGACGAUUUUGCGAGUGAGGACAACGCGGCUUUCUAUAUUGGGUGUGUGCAGACGGUUGCAAUUAUAGGACCAAUCUUUGGCUUCCUGUUAGGCUCAUUAUGUGCCAAACUGUAUGUUGACAUUGGCUUUGUAAAUCUAGAUCAUAUAAGCAUCACCCCAAAGGAUCCACAGUGGGUGGGUGCCUGGUGGCUUGGUUAUCUAAUAGCAGGAUGCAUAAGUCUUCUGGCAGCUGUGCCUUUCUGGUGUUUACCAAAGAGUCUACCAGGACCCCGGAGCAGAGACGAUUCCAGUUCCUCCUCUGAGAAAUCUAAGUGUAUUAUGGAUGGUCGCGCAGACCACCAAACGCAUCUUGGAGACAAAGCAAAACUCAUGGACAUGGCAAGAGAUUUUCUGCCAUCACUGAAGAGUCUUUUUGGAAAUCCAGUGUACUUCUUAUAUUUGUGUGCAAGCACCAUUCAGUUCAAUUCUUUAUUUGGGAUGGUGACUUAUAAACCGAAGUACAUUGAGCAACAGUAUGGGCAGUCAUCCUCUAAGGCCAACUUUGUUAUUGGGCUCAUCAAUAUACCUGCAGUGGCCCUUGGAAUAUUCUCUGGGGGGAUAGUCAUGAAAAAAUUCAGAAUCGGUGUGUGUGGAGCUGCAAAACUCUACUUGGGGUCAUCUGUCCUUGGGUACCUCCUAUUCCUUUCCCUGUUUGCGUUGGGCUGUGAAAAUUCUGAUGUGGCAGGACUAACAGUCUCCUACCAGGGAACCAAACCUGUCUCUUAUCAUGAACGAGCUCUCUUUUCAGAUUGCAACUCAAGAUGCAAAUGUUCAGAGACAAAAUGGGAACCCAUGUGUGGUGCAAAUGGAAUCACAUAUGCAUCGGCUUGUCUUGCUGGUUGUCAAACCUCCACCGGCAGUGGAAAGACUACUAUAUUUAAUAACUGCACCUGUGUGGGAAUUGCAACCUCAAAAUCUGGAAACUCCUCAGGCAUGGUGGGCAGAUGUCAAAAAGAUAAUGGAUGUCCCAAAAUGUUUCUGUAUUUCCUUGUAAUUUCAGUCAUCACGUCCUAUACUUUGUCUCUAGGCGGGAUACCUGGAUACAUAUUACUUCUGAGGUGCAUUAAGCCACAACUUAAGUCCUUUGCCCUGGGUAUCUACACCUUAGCAGUAAGAGUUCUUGCAGGAAUCCCAGCUCCCGUAUAUUUUGGAGUUUUGAUUGAUACUUCAUGCCUCAAAUGGGGAUUUAAAAGAUGUGGAAGUAGAGGAUCCUGCAGAUUAUACGAUUCAAAUGCUUUUAGGUACUGUAUCAAACUCGUUCCCACGUCUCACUGCUACCACAUCCCAGGUCUGCACAAUGCAAUUGGCACUAGUAAUCCUCACAUAUUUUCAUUGCUUGUAAGGAAAAGUAAAACACAUAUAUCUGGGACUAACCAUGAUGCUUGGCACAAUGUCCAUUUUCCUAAGUACUGCAGUACUUUUCACCUUAAAGAAAAAUUAUGUGUCAAAACAUAGAAGCUUCAGAACCAACAGAG